AAUUAAGUUUUAAAAUUAGUUGCGAUCAAGUCACAGUGUAAGUCAGUUCGAGCGUCAAGUGUAGAACAGCAGAGAAAUUGUAUAAUCCAUUAUUAUUUAAUUUAUUUUAUAAAUAAUAGCCGCGCCCUGUGGCUUGUGUUGAACACUUGGAGUGUGUAUUUAUAUUUAGAAGUGAAGAUUACUCUACCAUUUCCCUUCAAACUAUUUAUUUAUCUCACAUAAAAGAUGACAACCAGAGAACAGCGUACAGAAUAUUCGUCUAAUGUGGUCCGAACGCUCCAUCCAUCAAGGCCCCUGUCGCCUACAAAUGCAGAGUUUGAUAGCAAUUUAGACUAUCUCCUAGACGAUCUUCAGCAGUCAGUCUCGCGUCCUGGCAGUUCCUUGGGGCAGAAUGCCAGCUCGAAUCUGACCUCUAGCAGGGAGAUACAGUAUUUGUCGCCACAGAACUCGUCCACGGUAGUCCGUGAGAGAUCAGUCAGCCCCAGUGGCCAAAAAUCUGAGAGACUGUACAAGACGGCAAAAUAUGAGUACAAAACAUCGUCAUCUACUCCUUCGUACAGCGCUCAGGCGAACAUACAUCAGCUGGACACACUCUUAGAUGAUCUGAAACAUGAGAGGGAACUCGCAGUGGACAAGCUUGACAGAAGCAAUAAGGAUACAACUGACUCCUUAAUACCGGGAAGCACGAAAAUCAUUAAAACGACGUACUCUUCGUCCAGCAACCUUGGUGGCAGUAAGCCAAUGGCUCAGAGGGAAUUGCAUUUUGAAACGCCCGUGAGCAACAAGUUGAAAUCAUCCCGACAGGAGUACAGCUCCAACUAUGAAAGUAAAAUUGAAAAGAGCUCUGCGUCACACGGAGAUGUGUCAUACGAUUCUUAUGCACCUGAGAAACUCGGGAAGGAAUCAAAAACAAUCAUCACAAAGAGUUACAAUCAGAGCAAGAGUCCCGUGACAACGAUUAGUAAGGUAGAUGGAGGGACUUUGGUCCACGAUAUUCCUGUGGAAUCCGAUAUUCUUCCGCGUCCAGGAACGAAAGUCACAACGACGGUGCGCACGUACACAUACGAGAUUCCGCCAGAAGAAAGCCUUGGUACUCACAGUACCAUCUACAAGAAUGAAUCUUUCAAUCGAUUGACCAACGACAGUCGUCGCAAACGAGACCUUUCUCCUACGACAAACCAUUCACUGGUUUCACGCUCUGAGAAUGUGUCAACGCUAACCAGACACGAUGAUCGCCCUGUCUCACCCUCGCCACCCAUGAAGAGAAUGUACUACCAGCAGGAUACGCUGGAGACCACCAAAACGCGCACCUACUCGCCGACCAGGGACACGGGAUACCUUCCGCCAGUGGAUAGAUCGAUCACUUACAAGCACGACACAACGGACUCCACCAGGUCCGUGGUGAAACCUCCUCCACCAACAAACUGGAAGUCUAACCCUCCAUCGGGUCAGCCGGGAUCGACGUACUUCUAUCGCGAGGAAACCAACACCACCACGAACAGACGCUUCCCUCAAGAUGGAUACGCACCUCCGCCUAAUAUGAAUGGAUAUCCGCCGGUCAAUCCCUCGCCAUCGGUGAGCUACAAGUACAGCUCUCACACCACGACCACGAACAAUGUGCACAGACUGCCUCCAGAUGAGGUGGAUGACGGGGUCAAGCUGGCUCCGUUCCCCACAGAUGGCAUCGAGAAUGUGCCCAAUAACACGCAACCGCCUAAGAGGCUGGAUGAUUUGCUUGCUUCAUUCGGAGAUUCACCUCCUCCGAGGCAUUACCACGAGGGUCAAAUCCCCGAGAAGCCAUACACUCUUACUAAGGAUUCUCUGGUAGAGACUGCAUCGCCUGAGCAGAAGAUUCCAACAAAAAACGUCGCUGGACCGCCCGUUUACUAUCCCCCGGGGGAGCUUUUCACCAAAAAGGAGGAGUCCGGUGCUGCCUGGAGAGCUCAAGGUGGCUACGCUCGAGGUGCAGGAAAGUAUCAAUAUGAGGCAGAAGAGAAGUCCAAGAGCAAAAGCAAGUCCGGUGGAGCUGUGGUGCCAGUUUGCCUGCCCCUCUGCUGCGCCAUGCCCUGUUCCAUCAUGUGAAAUGUUUGUUGAAUCACAGCAUAAGCAAGGAGCGAUGGAAAAUAAUCGUGCUAAGAAUAGAAGUCAACUUUGCGUCUAACAAUUACCACAUUUUUUUUUAUUCGAAAUGUAUUUCUAGACAAUUAAUAAUUGCCUUUUGAAGAUCGAAGCUCUUUCGAUUGGGUUUCGGCUGUGAUGCACACGAAAUCUCUAAGCUCACGUGUGCAUCAGACUUACCUUACAUGGUUGCCAUACUUACCUUUGUUACAUUGUUAAAAGGAGAAAUAUUUUUGUAACUGUACUGUAAUUUUUACAAAUUUUAUGCUCAAUACUUAAAGUGAACAUGAAUGUUUUUAUUCUUAAAUAUUCCACAAUUUACAAAUUUGCCAUAAGAAUAUACGUGAUUCGCGUAUAGACAAUAAUUAAAUUGUUAAACUUUACUCACAGCAUCUAGAUGAAUGCGUUAGAUGUAUGGAAAAGAAAUAUUUUUGUAAACAAACAGAGUUUUCAGCCAUUUUUUAUAACAAAUAUAACCUUUGUGUAUUCUUUUUACAAUAUUCAAUGUAACAAUAAAAAUCUCACUAAUAGACCUAC